AUGAGCUCUGAAACAAAAAGCGGAAAUACAACUCCAGGAAAGGCUUAGAAAGGUAAAAUUUGGACAAAACUCUCUAAGGGCAACAACCAGCACCCUGAUAAAUCUUAAUUGAUUAUCGCUGAUUAUUUCUCAAAGCAAGGAAAAAUAAUGAAGUCUAAGCGCUAUUUUGAGCUUUACCCUACUUAGAUUUACUAUUAUUCAGAAAAAGACCACAACUAACCUAAGGGAUAUACUGAUUUAAGCUUCGAAUUAUGCUUUGAAUUAAUGAGAGAAAAGGUUGCUGAAAACAAAGACAAAAAAGAUGAUAAAGUAAAGCUUGGAAAACCAAAAGGAAUUAAAUUAGAUAAAUCUGGGUGUGUUUGUGAACUUUACAGCCCUGAAGAUAAAGUUUUAAUAAAAUGGCGUGACGCCUUAAGAAAAAUCUUAAACUAAAGAGGAUUCCAUGAGUUAUUCCGUGCCCACAAGAAGAUAGGAAAAGGAAAUUUUGCAUCAGUAUAUCUUGCUGAGAGAUUAGAGGAUGAAAAAAUGUUUGCUGUCAAAGCAUUUUCAAAGGAAGCCGCCUAUGCUCAAGAAAAAGGAAAGGAAGCACUCUUAAACGAAAUAGAUCUCAUGAGAGCUCUUGACCACCCAAAUAUUAUGAAGCUUCAUGAAGUUUUCGAAACAGAAAACUCUCUUUAUUUUAUUCUUGAUUUACUCGAAGGUGGUCAGCUAUACGAUAAAAUGAAAUCUAAGCAUCGUUACACAUCAGAAGAAAUCAAAGAUAUCUUAAGAGGAUUACUAGAAGGCUGCGCUCAUAUGCACUAAAAAAGAAUCAUGCACAGAGAUUUAAAGCCAGAAAAUGUGCUUUUUAAAGACCCUCAAGGUAAAUAAAUUGUUAUUGCUGAUCUCGGUUUAGCUACACGCUGCGAUUUACCUGAAUAUCUUUUUGUAAGAUGCGGUACACCUGGUUUUGUAGCACCUGAAGUUGUCAAUAUUAAAAACUUGAACACAACUUAUGAUCCUAUAUGCGAUCUUUUUUCAAUAGGGCUUAUGUUCCACAUAUUAUUGAUUGGAAAGUCUCCAUUUGAUGGAAAGACCUACAACGAUAUCUUGAGUUAAAAUAGAGCAUGCAACAUUAAAUUUGAUUCAGUUGAGUACCUAAAGUUACCUUUACAGACUUACGACUUAUUGAAGAAGAUGUUAGAAAAAGAUCCUAAAAACAGAAUCAACGCUGCAGAUGCAUUGAAACAUCCAUUCUUUGAUUCGAAUAACUAAGUCAAACCUAUUCAAUAAUCAAAUAGUCAAACUCUUAACGAUAGCACAAAAGACGAGAUUAAGGAAGAUGAUGUAACUUCUAGAAAUUCUUCUCUUAUGAAUUCACCAAUAAAUUCUCCUAACAUUGGUCCUAGAAAAAUUAAUUAAGGACCAUUAAAUCAAGACUCUUGUCUCACAUUUAAAAUGGCUAACACUCCUGUUCUUAACGGAAGAGUUACUGACUCCCUUCAUGAUUCAUAGAAUAAUGAUAGUUUCUAGUGCUUAGACAACUUAAAGAAACAAAUAGGUCACCCAGGCUAAUCUCAAUUUGGUAGCCCUGACUUGCGUAAUAAAUCUACUUCUUUUGGAGUUCAAUUAGUAGGUUAAAAGAGUCCUGAUAUGUCAAAAAAUAAUUUGAAAAGAGCUCUGCUAAAUAAUAUGAAAGACUUUAAUGGAAAAAUUGACACAGUAGAUGAAGCUAAGGAUGAAAUUGUUUCUCCUGUUAAAUAAAAAGGUGUUUCCGAUCUUAGAAAUAAACUAAAGGAUAACAUUUGA